UCCAGGUCUGGCUCCGCAUGGUAGUCACUACUUGCGGCCCAGACCCAGUGGCCCUCAGGCAGCUCUAGGUUGAGGUGGCGCUGCAGGUGGAACCGCGAGUACUCUGGGAGUGGGCUGGCAAUCUCUCCCUGGAAAAGACAGAGGGACGCGCUCUGCGGGAACUGGAUUUCACCAGCCUCCGACGACCAGCCUGGGACUGAGAGCUCCGGAGCUCAGUAAGUGAGCGGCCCCCGAAGGUCAAGUCAAGAUCACCUUCCCCCACCAUGGCUGCGCCCGCUCGCCGUCUGUGCCACAUCGCCUUCCACGUGCCCAUGGGACAGACUCUCGCCGUGGACCUGCAGCGUGUCUUUGGCUUCCAGCUCCUGGCGGCGCGGGAGGCCGACGGCUGGCGGCAGCUGGCCCUGAGCAGCGGCGAUGCCGUCUUUUUGGUAAACGAGGGCACGGGACCUGGGGAGCCUCUAUACAGCCUGGACCCGCGGCACGUGGUGCCCAGCGCCACGAACCUGUGCUUUGACGUGGCAGACGCAGGUGCAGCCGCUCGAGCACUGGCUGCUGGGGGCUGUCGCGUGCCGGUGCCUCCUGUUAGAGUGCAGGAUGCGCAGGGCACCGCCACCUACGCUGUGGUCAGUUCGCCUGCCGGCAAUCUCAGCCUGACCUUGCUGGAGCGUGCAGGAUACCGGGGGAUCUUCCUCCCCGGCUUUGAGCCAGUCCCCUCCGCGCCGGGCCCUGGCUGGGUCAGCCACGUGGACCAUCUGACCUUGGCCUGCAUCCCUGGCAGCUCCCCCACACUCUUGCGCUGGUUCCACGACUGCCUGGGGUUUUGUCACUUGCCUUUGAGCCCAGGUGAGGAUCCGGAGCUGGGCCUCGAGGUAGCCGCAGGGUCUGGGCGUGGGGGGUUGCGGCUCACUGCCCUGCAGACCCCAGCAGACAGUGUUGUUCCCACCCUGGUGCUGGCUGAGUCCUUGAGGGGGCCCACCCAAGGACAGGACCAGGUGGAGCAGUUCUUGGCCCGGCACAGGGGGCCAGGCCUGCAGCAUGUGGGGCUAUAUACGCCCAACAUCUUGGAGGCCACUGAGGGUGUGGCACUGGCCGGGGGCCAGCUCCUGUCUCCCCCUAAGGCCUACUACCAGCAGCCAGGCAAAGAGAGACAGAUCCGCUCUGCAGGGCAUGAACCUAGCCUUCUGGCCCAAAAGGGAAUCCUGCUAGAUGGCGAUAAAGGCAAGUUUCUGCUUCAGGUCUUCACCAAGUCCCUUUUUGCUGAGGACACUUUCUUCCUGGAGCUGAUUCAGAGGCAGGGGGCCACAGGUUUUGGCCAAGGCAACAUUAGGGCCCUCUGGCAGUCUGUGCAGGAGCAAGCUGCCAGAAGCCAGGAAGCUUGAGAAGGGCCAGGGCCACCAGUCCUGAAGCUCUGGGACCAGCACAGGGCCUGCUGAAACUGAAGAACACCCACAGGAGACCCAGCUAGUGAAAGGUUUUGCCCUCAGGGGCUAGGUUACCUCUGUUUGGUAACUGCAGUUAUAAAACUAUGGACCAUUUAUUAUGUAUAAUGCAUAUGUACAAUAUAAGGAAUAAAAGAAUUACGCCUACGGGAAAUAGAAUAUAACCAAUAUUUUUGAGGCCUCCUUGAAUUCCUGAUUCUAUGUCCUUGCCACUCACCCCCCAAAUUCUGUAAUUAUGAAUCUCUUUCCUAUAUUGUUUCACUACGUAUGUAUCCCUAAAAGAAUGAUUUUGUAUUUGAAGUAGGAAUUUAAGAUAGAACAAAUCCUCCUCUGUGCUUCCCCUUCCCACUGCAGGUGCAGAGAGACUGGGUCAGGAUUGAGCCCAACCAUGUAGGGUGAAGCCACUGCUCCAGUCAGAGCUGAACAGAAACCUAGACAGAGAGUGUUAGGUAUCAGCCACUGCCAGGUGCUCCCUGCAGCUGCCUUCACCCUCUCCUGGGGGUUGGAGUAAGAGAGAUCACUCUGGACAGAACACUCUUCCAUCUGCCCAGGACUGGCUGAGAGCUCAGGUGGUAGAAGUCAGGACCAAGCUGGACUUACUCCAAGUGAGGGGGGCUAGGGAGAGGUAUAGUCCAAAAUGACUAUACAAAUAAGUACUUUACAGGAUUUUCAGGGGUGGAGUCUUCCAGAGGCGUCACUCAGCGGCAGUGUUGGGGAUGGGUGCGUUAGUGGAGAUGUGGGGCUGAAAAAAGCUAUCCAGGACUUGCUGGCCCCGGCUGGUCUUUUUCCGGCUGGAUGGAGUGGACACCUGGGACCCUUUGGAACCCUGUGCAGAAGCCAAAGUAGGGAAGUACUGAGGAGGAAGCACAGGGAAUCUUUUCCUUCCAUGUACUUCCUCCACUCUACUGAGGUACCUCAGGUUCUAGCCUGCAGUCCCUGUCUCCUCAAUCAACUCUCCAAAAUGCUGCACCAGAGAAUCUUCCCAAAAUCCAAAUCUGACUCUCUUCUCCACCUAAACAGUUUCCAAGUGAUCUGGUGCUUAAGCCCUAACCGGGCUGGGCUGCUUUCCUGACCUCUUCUGAUAAACCAACUGAUCACACUCCUUAAGUGCUGAAGAUUGUAUUGUGAACCACCUUUGCUUAUACUGUUCUUGGGCCUGGAAAGAACAUCCUUACUGGCCAGGCACUGGCUUGUGCCUGAAAUCCUUGCACUCUGACGGGCUGAGGCAGGAGGACUGCUUGAGCUGGCUCAAGACCAGCCUGAGCAUGAGCAAGACACCUCCUCUACUAAAAAUAGAAAAAAAAAACAAAAAACUAGCUGUGCAUUGUGGGGGACACCUGUAGUCCCAGCUACUUGAGAAAGAGAAGCAAGAAGGCUGCUUGAGCCCAAGAAUUUGAGAUUGCUAUAGACUAUGAUGAUGGCGAUGGCAUUCUACCCAGAGCAACACAGAAUCUCUCAAAAACUAACAAACAGGCUCGGUGCCUGUGGCUCAAGUGGCUAUGGUGCCAGCCACAUACACCUGAGCCCGCGGGUUCAAAUCCAGCCUGGGCCCACCAAACAACAACGUCAGCUGCAACCAAAAAAUACCUGGGCAUUGUGGCAGGCACCUGUAGUCCCAGCUACUUGGGAGGCAGAGGCAGGGAAUUGCUUGAGCCCAGGAGUUAGAGAUUGCUGUGCGCUGUGAUGCCACGGCACUCUACCCAGGGCGACAGCUCUGUCUCAAAAAAAUAAAAAAACUAACAAA